AUGGCCAAGCAUUCAAAAGACCAAGGUCAAAGUCCUAGAAAGCCAAAGCAGAAGACCAAAAAGUCUAUGAGUGAAGGAAUCUCUCGUGAACUUCAAAGACACGAGUACGAUACUGGCACGCAGUCAGAAGCAAGUACCACAUCUCAAAAGCAGAUUGACGAAGGGGGUCACAACUCCAACGUUGAUUCCAUGGUUGAUGACAGAAGUAUCGAGGGUGAUCUUGCUCCCAUGUCUCAUGAAUGGGGUUCCGAUGAAGCCAAUCUUCAUCAAGAAGCACCAGAGCAAUUAAUUCAGGGACCAAUCGACAGUCCAUUACCUGCAAGUGACUUUCAUAACGACGAUAACGUAUUCCAUCAUACAGGUGCUCAUAUCCAUAUUCCCACUCACUUCGACACCCGAUCCACCGGGUAUGAUUUGUCACAAUGGUCGUGGGAAGCUCUUAUUGUUACUACCCAGACCGUUCCACUCUCUGCACCAUCAUCAUACAACGCUUCGACUGCGGCGAUCGCUUACGACAGUACCCAUGAUUCCCCAAUCACGGCGAUUUAUAGCCACCCUACAACUACCAUACUCAAUGACCUUCCGGUGACGACUCAAUACCAGCUGGGAAGAUGGGUGUAUGAGAAUAGACAUGAUGAGACAAUACCUACCGAUCGGAUGGAAGGAUAUUACCAUCAACUCUAG